AUGAUGUCUGUGUUCUGUGAAGUUCCUCAAGCUGCCCCCGUGGCUGUCUUCAAACUAACCCAGGACUUCAACAACGACCAGUUUCCAAAUAAAGUCAACCUUGGAGUUGGAGCCUACAGGACAGAUGAAGGCCUACCUUGGGUUUUGCCCGUGGUGAAGAAGGUGGAGAAACUCAUUGUCGAAGAUGACAAGUUAAACCAUGAAUAUCUCCCGAUCCUGGGUUUGCCUGAGUUCAGGUCCUCUGCCUCUAAGAUUGUCCUGGGAGAUGACAGUCCUGCGAUCAAAGAAAACAGGGUGGGCGCCGUUCAGUGUUUGGGAGGCACAGGCGCUUUGAAGAUGGGGGCAGACUUUCUGAGACGCUUCUAUAAUGGAAAUAACAACUCCAAAACUCCUGUUUAUGUGUCAGCUCCAACAUGGGAAAAUCACAAUGCUGUUUUUACAAAUGCUGGAUUCGAGGAUGUCCGUCCAUACAAGUAUUGGGAUGCCGAAAAGAGAGGUCUUGAUUUAACAGGUUUUCUUGGUGAUUUGGAGACUUGUCCAGAACGCUCCAUAUUUGUCUUGCAUGCAUGUGCCCAUAAUCCAACCGGCACUGAUCCCACACCAGAACAAUGGAUGCAAAUAGCAGCAGUAAUGAUGAGGAGGAAGCUGUUUGUCUUUUUUGACUCAGCGUACCAGGGAUUCGCUUCAGGAAAUUUGGAUAAAGACGCGUGGGCUGUGCGUUAUUUUGUUUCUCUUGGAUUUGAGAUGUUUUGUGCCCAAUCUUUUUCUAAAAACUUUGGCCUAUACAAUGAACGUGUUGGAAACUUGACAAUCGUGGCCCGGGACGUUGAUAACCUCAAGAGAAUAUUAUCUCAGAUGGAGAAGAUUGUGAGGACAACGUGGUCCAACCCGCCCUCACAGGGAGCGCGUGUGGUAGCUGUAACCCUGACCUCCUCUUCGCUCUUUCUGGAAUGGAAGGACAAUGUGAAGACGAUGGCCGACCGGGUGUUGCUGAUGAGGAGCCAUCUGAAAGCUCAGCUCCAGGCUCUGGGGACACCAGGGACAUGGGACCACAUCACAAACCAGAUUGGCAUGUUCAGCUUCACUGGCCUCAACCCGAGACAAGUGGAGUACAUGGUGAAGGAAAAGCACGUCUACCUAAUGGCCAGCGGGCGAAUCAACAUGUGCGGGCUGACGAGCAGAAACAUCAACUACGUAGCCCAGUCCAUCCAUGAAGCCAUCACCAGAAAGGUGGAGAAACUCAUUGUCGAAGAUGACAAGUUAAACCAUGAAUAUCUCCCGAUCCUGGGUUUGCCUGAGUUCAGGUCCUCUGCCUCUAAGAUUGUCCUGGGAGAUGACAGUCCUGCGAUCAAAGAAAACAGGGUGGGCGCCGUUCAGUGUUUGGGAGGCACAGGCGCUUUGAAGAUGGGGGCAGACUUUCUGAGACGCUUCUAUAAUGGAAAUAACAACUCCAAAACUCCUGUUUAUGUGUCAGCUCCAACAUGGGAAAAUCACAAUGCUGUUUUUACAAAUGCUGGAUUCGAGGAUGUCCGUCCAUACAAGUAUUGGGAUGCCGAAAAGAGAGGGAGCGCGUGUGGUAGCUGUAACCCUGACCUCCUCUUCGCUCUUUCUGGAAUGUCCCUCCCCUAA